CAUAUGAUAAGACAUUUCACAUUACAAAAACCAGAAAUUGACAGACGGGUAAAGGUUGGAGCUUGAAAACAACAAAGAAAAUUUAAAAAACAAUUGCUCACUUGAAAAGAUAACCGAUUUAAUUACUAAGUGCUCAAGUUUAUUCAGUUUUUAAUCUUUAAAAAUAAAAAUAGACGUGAGAACCGUCGAAUGAAGGGAUCUCCAAGGUUUAAAAUCAAGAACAAUCACAUAUUUCAAAAAUUGUUAUUGAAUACGUUUCGAUGGAUCCCGUGAUGUCGACGUCAGAAGAAAACCCACACUCAGAUAUAGAAGAAGCCCCGAAAACAACGCAAAACAAUCAAGAAAGCCCACAAGGUCAAACAUCAUGGUCAGCGCCUACAUCCUCGACGCUUAUUCAAGUAAAAGAGAAAAUGCGACGUAAAUUGCAGUUCUUCUUUAUGAAUCCGAUCGAAAAAUGGCGAGCUAAGCGGAAAUUCCCCUACAAAUUCGUUGUUCAAGUCAUCAAAAUAGUUUUGGUAACACUCCAACUUUGUCUAUUUGCUCAUAACAGAUAUAAUCAUGUUAAUUACACAUGGGAUAAUAGGAUUAGUUUCUCUCACUUAUUCCUACUUGGUUGGGAUUCUACGAGAGAGAUAAAUGCCUACCCACCUGGCGCUGGUCCUUUGGCUGUUUAUAAGGUUGAUGAGUUUUAUAAUAGCCUAGAUUAUGCUUAUGCUGGCUAUUCAAACUUGACUAAUGCCAUAGGACCAUAUUCAUAUAAUGAUGAGAAUAAUAUUAAACCAAAUCCAAAGUUUUGUCAGUACUAUUACAAAAAAGGCAUAAUAAAUGGAUUCAACGAGAGCUAUGAAUUUAAUUCGGAAAUUCAAUUCAGUUGUACCAACUUUACGAAUGGAGAAAAUAAAGUUUUUAAAUCUCAAGAAUUCAUUCAGAAUGCAGGUCUAGAAGUUGAUUUUGCAGCUUUAGUUAGAGCUGAAUUAAGGUUUUCAUUAAAAACCAUAAAUUUCAGAACUGCAGGACCCAUAACACCACCGGAUUGCUACAGAUUUGAUAUAAAGAUAAUUUUUGAUAAUGAAGACCAUGACGGGCAAAUGUCGUUAAACUUAGAGGCUGAACCAUAUAAGUUAACUUGUAAAGGAGAUAAGGAUUACGUCACUGAUAAUCGAAUAGAUCAAAUACUUAGAAGUAUUUUAAAUAUUUUAGUUAUAAUUAUUUGUAGUGCAUCUCUAAUAUUAUGUAGCCGUGCCAUUUAUAGGGCCCAACUACUCAAAGAACUCACCGUUCAAUUCUUUCGACAAGCUUACAACAAAGAACUUAGUUUAGAUGGUCGUUUAGAGUUUCUUAAUGUAUGGUAUAUUAUGAUUAUCAUCAAUGAUAUCCUUAUCAUUAUGGGCUCAGCAAUAAAAGAGCAAAUUGAACGUAACCAAUUUACAAACGACCAGUGGAAUAUAUGUUCUUUAUUCUUGGGUAUUGGAAACUUGUUAGUUUGGUUUGGUGUUUUGCGUUAUCUUGGCUUCUUUAAAACUUACAAUGUCGUUAUCCUCACCUUGAAAAAAGCCGCACCUAAGAUAUUCCGGUUUUCAUGUUGUGCACUACUUCUCUAUGCUGGGUUCACCUUUUGUGGCUGGCUUGUUCUUGGUCCGUAUCAUAUGAAAUUCCGUUCACUAGCAACAACGUCAGAAUGUUUAUUUUCAUUAAUAAAUGGUGAUGACAUGUUUGCUACUUUCUCAAUAAUGUCUAAGAAAUCACCAAUGCUGUGGUGGUUUAGUCGGGUCUAUUUGUACUCAUUCAUUAGUUUGUAUAUAUAUGUUGUUCUAAGUUUGUUUAUUUCGGUUAUAAUGGAUGCUUAUGAUACUAUUAAACAAUAUUACAAAGAAGGAUUUCCGAAGAAUGAUUUACAGCAGUUCAUUGGUGAAACUAGUUUUGAAGAAGUUUCAUCUGGACUUUACAGAACACAGAGUUCUUCAUCGCUAAAUGAAGCUAUGAAUUCUUUAUUCUGUUGUAAUUUUUAUCGAAGGGCGUAUUCUAAAAUAGGCGGUGGAAAUUCGAGUCUCAAUUUACUAUAGGCUUCAUAAUUUAAUGAUUUCAAAUGUACCAAGAAACUUGUAAAUAAUAAUAUCAGUAGAUGAUAAGCUAUGUCUUUUGUAGAUAAUAUCGGUUAACAAUAAUGAUAAUUAAAUAAAGAUAUUAUUGUAAAAUAUAUGAUUUAAGAUACCAUAAAUAACCAAAGAAAAGUAGAAAAUACAGUGAUUGAAUUGUAUAACUUUGAAUAAUGCAUAAUCGAAAAAGUUUUUUUUUUUUUUUAAUUUAUAUUUAGAAAUAUUGAUUGGGCAGUAGAAGCAGCUUAAAGAGUGAGGAACAAUUAUAAAGGUAGACUAUUUAUAAAUGUAGAUAAUGUAGAUUUAAUAAAAU